UUUCCCUUAUCUCAAAAACUCUGCAUAAACACAACAAAGUCGCCGGGACAAAAAUCGAACAUUAGCAAAAUGCCAAAAGGGACAGUACUUCCUUGAUAUAUUUUUUCCGUGAAAAUGGUGACUUAAUCGAAAUCAUAAAAGUCAGUAAAAAUGGACUGUCUAAUAUUGGUACUAAGUCUGUUUACAGUCUUUAAUAGUGUCCACUCUGUGUUUGGAUUUCUUCCUUCGUUUGAGAGUACGAGAGGAAGGCCUGAUUUUACUCAUGCCAGAAUAACAGAGGACGGGAUCUACAAAGCUGUCGCUGAUGUCAUCAUAGAAAAAGUUAAACCCGGAACCUACCAUACCAACAGUCACACGGACAAAGUGAAAGAAUAUUUCAAGUCGGAUAAUUUGGGAUUUUUACACUUUGAGAAAGUUGUUGAAUAUAUUGUGGACAGAGUAAAUUUGGCACAAAGGCAGUAUGGUACAGAUGCUUCUAGAACUAUGAACUGUGAACAGAUUUUAUCAGGAAAUCUCUUGCUCCAAUCCCUGAAGUUCAGGAUCAUUCAGACCUCACAAGCCCCGUCCACUGACUGGGGCCCAGUACGGGGUCUGCUGGGGGAGUAUUUGUUCACCAUUCAGGAGUUCUACAGUAACACUAACUGGGUGGAAAUGUUCGGCAACGUCAGCUGUAGAGAGCUAGGCACAAAAGAUCAAUUACCUUUAAAAAUCUCCACAGAAAAAGAAGCUACUUGUUUCAGCUGCAAUUAUUCCAAAGAUGCUCUCCUUGCCAGUUCUUGUGCUAGAAACCUUGUGCAAAACAGACAGCUUACAAGUGGCUAUACAUCAGACCAAAACAUCGUCAAACCAUUCCAGAACUUUCCUGCCGACACUGGUAAGUGUAGUCCACCCUUACGUAAAGAUAUCCCAGCGACAAUCAAGUCUGAUCCCGGAUUAUCUCCCCAUUAUCAUCUGCAUCAAACCGCGGGGCAGGCGGCAGUUCAGGCGACAUAUGAUGUUAUGGUCGGAAAAGAUACAGGUUUGCUGUCCAUAAUCGGUUUAGAUAAAACCCUGAGUCUGCUAGGGAUGGAUUAUAAAAAUCCAUGUUACAGCUGUUUGUCUCCCUCGCUUUCUGUCGUGUUCGUGAUAGACGACACGGGAUCCAUGAGUCAGGAAAUACUGGAGACAAGUACGCGUAGCAUCUCCAUCGUCAACCAGGCGCAAACCUCUACUGCGCCAUUCAAUUAUAUCUUGUCAACCUUCAAUGAUCCAGAAACAAGCCUUUUCGUAACGACCAGCGGGGAGGAAAUGAAGAAACAGUUGCAGUCGCUGAGGGCUAACGGUGGCGGAGAUUGUCCAGAGAUGGCGCUACACGGAAUGAUUAAUGCCAUGAAAAUCGCUCAGCCCGGAUCGUGUGUUUUCUUUUUUACGGACGCUGAUGCCAAGGACCCUGAACUUCUGCCUGACGUCAUACAGCUGAUAAACACCCGAGGUCUCCGUCUGCUACAGUUUCUGAGAGGGAACUGUUCCUCUCCUGCUUCUAGUGGCGGAUCACACCACCUGACCAGAAGAUCUGCUUUCAAUAAUCACGAUGUUCAGUGUAUACCCAAUGAGAAAACUAGUAAUCGCCAUGCAGGAAGAAGAAAACGAAAUUCCCGUAGUGUUUUUGAAAAGAUUGCUCUUGACACUUUUGCACAUACGAUACAUACUUCACAUUCCACCAUAGGGGAUACCUUUGGACAAAUAAUCCAGCAAAAUAUGCACAUACAGACACUAGGCGUGAACUCGUUUGAUAUGGUCGGAGAUGCCCAGUCCUUUCCCGUGGAUCCUUGUCUGUCUCUGUUCACAGUCAAGCUAGAGGGAUAUGGAUGUUCUAAUGUCGCUCUGGUUCGCCCGGACGGUUCAAACCAAGCCUUCGCGGGAAAAUCAUCCAAAGACAUUAUAGACGGGAAAACAACUAUUCUUUCCGUUCAUAGUCCUUCAAGUGGUAUGUGGCAAAUAAAGAACUUGGAUAAAAAACACUGUCACGUCACAAUCUCGGGAAGUGGAUCCAUUGACUUUACAUACAAGAUAAUGGAAGACAUACGAGGCCUAAAGUAUCCAAUCAGUGGAACUAGUCCUGUUGCAGCACAUUUCAGUGAACUUAGUGUAUCUGUAAAAGGAAUACCUACAAAUUUCACAAUGCGUACCAACAUCACAGAAAUUUACCUAAAGAAAUCUGAUGGUCAAUUGAUUUCGUCACUUCUUGUGACAGAUUCAUCCGGUGGUACCACAAGAUCCGUUUUCACCGAAGUCACUUUGUUAGAGCCAUUUUACAUAGGAAUCAAAGGAAUGAUUGGCUCGGAAACAAUGACUCGAGAAGAUCAACAUAUUGUAACACCCAUGAGGGGAACAAUCGAAUUUGUUCCUUCCUCAGACCAGCUUCUGUACAAUCAAAAAAUCACAGUGAGUGUUAGAGUAACAAACGCGGGUAUAUCUCAGCAGACGUUCGAAUUGUCAGCAACAGACACCGAGGGGUUUCUUACUGACGCAACCAAACAAGUGACCUUAAGCGGAAACCAGACGAAGACAGUUGAUUUUCAUCUAAUAGCAAUCCCAAAUGCAACACACACUAAGCUCACUGUGACUUUGGGUAUCGAAGGAGCAAUUUCUAAAAUAGAAAAGUAUUUAAUGGUUGCUGCUGUAAACCCACCUGAAAUUCGAGUGACAAAUCGCUCAGAAAAUUGUGAAAAGGAGAAUAUGAACACAUACAACUGUUCUCAUCAAAACUGGGAGGCAGACAUCAGUGUUUUCUUUUCUGCUAACAUGACUGGUCUGUACUCGGUGUCCUCUGAAGUAACAUUUACAUACCAACAGGACAGCCGAGACAAAAAUAAAUAUCUAGCUACCGUCAAGGGUAAUUGUUGUACAUAUCAGACCUCAGUUACCGCCGUGGAUUCAGCAGGGAAUAGAAAAACCGUGCCAAUAAAUUUCUCAGGAGAGACCAAAUUUACCAUAGGGAUAAACGGACGCAGUAAGCGAACCAAUAAAAGAAAACUUCAGUCAAAAUCCAGUUCAUUUACUCCAUGGAUAGCAAUAGGUUCUGGGAUAGCUGCGGCUGUGGCUCUCGGUGCUGCUGUACUUGCAGUCAAAAAAUACAAGUCAUUGCAAAACAAAGUUGAUUCAGAUUUUCCAGAUAUCAUUUCGGAUCAAAUGCAAAAUUCUAAUUCUAAUUCUGACAAAAACAGAAGAAAAAUUUUCACAUCGUUUUAACCAUAAUGAUAUGUCAGAAUUUUUUGUCGUGGAUGUUAAAAUAAAUUAUUUUAUCUGAUUAGAUAAUCAUAUAAGAUAAUCUUACUGAA